AUGGCCGAUCAUACCUUGGGGGUCCCUGAGACUCUUCAAUCAUUUUCUAUCAAAGCCCAUCCGUCUGCCGCCCACGAUGUCAACCCGGCUACCGCAGCCUCGGAAAAACAACCAGUCGUGGCCAGCCCAGCUUCUGAUGCCGGUAGCCUGUCUUCAGAUAUCGUGGAUCCCAGUCGAGUAAUUCGUCCUAUUCGUCGGCGGCAAACGCUUCCUCCAUUGCCAGAUCUGCGCUUCGAGCAGAGCUACCUGGCCAGUUUGAAGGAUGCCGAGACAUGGGGACGUGUGGCGUGGAUUACCAUCAGGGACCAGGUCCUACUUCCCCUCAUCCAAGGUACCGUCUGGACACUCGCGCUUUCAGGGUGGCGCUUCUGGAACCGCAACGCCUCACUCAGCGGACAUACUCUCGGAAGUCGGAUCCGCAGAUGGUGGUACGAGGUCAACAACUGGAAGUUGCCCCCAAUGCGUUGGACCAAGGAUCCGAAAGUAGCCACGCAGGUCGAAGAUUUCUAUGAGGCGCAGUUUUCGAAUGCAGGCUCGAAUUAA